CACACGCACUCAGGCACGCACACGCACACGCACACACACGCAGACACUGAGCAGAAGCGACAGCAGCAGAAGAUAGAAGUAGAAGAGUCGGACGGUGAAGCACGAGCACCGAUUAAACCGGGGAUCUGGGGAAUUCAUUUUUACGCACGUGCCAUUCAGCGCGUUCAUCAAUGGGACGAUUUUGGUCCUCGGUGCUUUUCUUUUACCAAUUUCGGAGUUUUUAAUUUCUUUGUAUAAUCCGAUCUGAUUAAAAGGCGAAUGAAGUGACGGGUGGAUUUUACCUGCAAGUGCGACACCCGAGAGAGACAAUGCUGGCCAGGAUUGUGUUCAUUUGUUCCUUUUUAGCUUGUGCUAGUUUUCAGGAAGAUGAGAGCCCUAAGGUAUCAUUUGGAGGAGCUUGUGAAAUGUUGUGUGCCUGUGAGGAGAAAGAUGGCAUGUUGAACGUAAACUGUGAGGAAAGGAACAUAAACAAGAUCUCUCAAGUACAGGUACCUUCCGAUAGACCUUUCCAUUUGAAUCUAUACAAAAAUGAUAUUGUGGAGCUGCUCCCAGAGGAAAUGGAGGCUUUCAGGAAUGCAGUCACGUUACAUCUGGGUGGAAACAGCAUACAAGAGUUGGUGCCGGGGGUUUUUGCUGCACUGGGCUCCUUAAAGAAGUUGCACAUUAAUAGUAAUUUCCUGGUGAUGUUGAAGGAGGAUACUUUUCAUGGCUUGGUAAAUUUGGAAUACCUCCAGGCUGACACAAACUUUAUCCGAGUCGUGGAGCCUGGGGCUUUCAGCAAACUUGUUCGUCUCAAAGUCCUGAUCCUCAAUGACAACUCAAUUGACUUCCUUCCAAGCAACAUCUUCCGAUUCGUGCCUCUGACCCAUUUGGACCUACGUGGAAACAAGCUCCAGACCCUCCCUUACGUGGGCUUUUUAGAGCACAUCGGACGCAUCAUUGAGCUUCUUCUAGAGGACAACAACUGGGUAUGUGACUGUCAGAACCUUCAUUUGAAAGUCUGGAUUGAGAACAUGCGAGCACAGUCGGCCAUUGGGGAAGUGGUUUGCAGCAGUCCUCAGCAUCUCAAGGGUAUCCCUCUGGCCAAAGUGAAACGGGACAUAUUGUGCCCCUCCCAUGCGGAUAUAACUUUUGAGGAGCCAUCCAAAUCUCUAGACAUGGUGGUCACCCCUUCCACAAAGGUGCUCCAAAUACCAGACUCAAGAAAUGAAGCAAAGAUCCCCACAUCAUCUCAUGUUCCAAAGACAUCCUGCGCAUCACAGUGUUCUUGUCAUAACCACCCAAGCUCUGGGUUCCUAAUCCACUGUGAGGAUCGGGGCAUCCAAAGGAUAUCGGAUCUUGGAAUUUUUCAGCAAAGCCCGAGUAAGCUUGUUUUAUCUGGGAACAUGAUAGAGAGACUUCUAAAAUAUGAUUUUGUCACAUAUGACAGUUUGGAAGUGCUGAAUCUGGCCAACAACCAAAUAAACUAUAUAGACAAUGAAACUUUCCUAAGUUUAAGCAGUCUUAAAAAGCUGUAUCUAAAUGGCAACAGGAUAGAGAAGAUUACAGCAACUAUGUUUGUGGGCCUCCACAAUCUGGAGAACUUGUACUUGGAAUAUAAUGCGGUCAGAGAGAUUGAGGCAGGGUCAUUCAACCCUUUGACAAACCUAAAGCUCCUGUUUUUAAACAACAACCAGCUCAGUGCUCUACCAGCCCAGAUAUUUAGAAACGUGCCCUUGACCAAGUUGAAUUUGCGAAACAACCUAUUCAUGCACCUGCAGGUCAGCAAUGUGUUGGAGCAGCUUGAUUUCCUGGAACAGAUUUACCUUGAGGAGAAUCCUUGGGACUGCACUUGUGAUCUAGUCAGCAUGAAGCAGUGGUUGGAGAAGCUGAGGAAAGAUACAGUGGUGGGAUCCAUCUUGUGCCAUAGUCCAAAAAAGGUAGUGAAUGCUGAGGUCAGGCACCUGAAGCAUGAUGUACUCUGCCCUGGUUUGGUCACCCUAUACUCCCUGCCUUCAAGUGAAUUUGGGGUUGUAACAACAGAAGCACCAGAAGAAGGUAUAAACAGCUUCUUCCAAUCCAUAACGGAUGCAGUUCCUCUUUCUGUCCUUAUACUCUGCCUUCUUAUUCUCUUCCUUACCAUCAUCUUCUGCUCUGCUGGGAUAAUUGUCUUUGUCUUGCAUCGCCGACGCAGUCAUUCCAAGAAAAAGCAAGCUGAGGAGCAGCCUCGUGAAAACAGCCCAAUCCACCUGCAUUACAGCAUGUAUGGACAAAAAACAACUCAUCACUUGGCUCAGAGACAUGACACAAACAUGUACGAUGAACCUUCCCGAAGUCCCAUUAUCCAGGUUUGCAGGAACCCCAGCUAUUGUUCACAGCACAAAGACUAUGACACAGAGGAUUAUGACACAGAAAAAUCAAAUCGUCUUUGCCACAGUAUCAUGGAUAAGGAGAAUGGCUCCCCCCUUACGGGGUCAAUGAAGUACAAAGCUGUGUCCCAUGAGUAUCCUGCUGAUUUUGUUUCUUUGGGUGACAAGGGAUCUUUGUACAAAAAUAUCCUGGAGCGCGACCGUGAACUUCAACAACUUAGCAUCACAGAAUAUCUCAGGAAAAGCAUACCACAGCUACAAGACAUGCAAGUCCCUGGGCAUCAUCAAGAGCUCAAACUGAUGGAGACACUUGUGUACACCAGGCCACGGAAGGUUAUGGUGGAGCAGACUAAAAACGAGUACUUUGAACUGAAAGCUAAUCUACACGCCGAACCGGAUUACUUGGAGGUACUCGAGCAUCAGACGACUUUUAACUGAGAUACAGCACACUGUAACACUUUAAUAUCAGACCUGCUUUGAGAGAUAAUACCCAAAGUGCCUUGAUGAUUUUUUGAGCAGACAUAACAUGCAGCUACUGAUCUUUGUGAAUGUGGUCAUUUAGGAGAACGCAGAAAAAUGUGUUGCUGAAGCGGAACCAAGACCAUGACCUAUUUUGCAUCAUUUCACAUCAAAUGAGGUCAUUGUCCAUUCCGUUUUGUCUCGUCUUGUCAAUUUGCCAUAAAUAUCAUGUGCCGUUGGCCAAAUGCAGCUACAGUCUAGUACUAUAAGACACAUUGGUUAACUUGUCACCGGUCUUAAGGUAACUCUCCUUUAAAGAUUCUACAUAGAUUCCUACCACAUCACUCCAGUUAGAAACAACGAUCAGGAUGAUUAUGAGCCUGAAUUGACCAAAUCAGUGUUUUAAAUUUGCCCUAUGAUCCAACCUGAUUCACAGUAUCUGGAAUGGCAAGAGGGGCAAUACAAAAACAAUUUUGCAGCUGAUAAAGCCAGUGGAAAAGCACCAUAACUAAAGAGCCAUUGAACCAAGUGGCUCUACAGUACCUGUAACACUUAAUUACCUAACAAAAUGUCAAUCGUGUCUUUUUUAUUUGUAUAAUACAAAUAUUGGCCAAUACCUAGAUCCUACCUGGUGCUAUCCAUAUGGCUAUUUUUUUUUUAUUUUUUUUUAGAAAACAGGGUUUUUAUAGGAAAAAAGUGGUUCUUUAUAGAAUCAUUUGAUAAUUUAAGGUUGUCAGUUUUAUGUGUUGUAGGAUAUACAAUAUUUAUAGAGUGAAAUUCAUCAAUUUGUGGUGCAUGUCUGCUGGACGUAACAGCCAUCCAUGCCGGUGCAAAACAAUCUUAUCCCUCUUGCUUGUCUGGUUGCCAAAGUGAGCCAGGUCAGGACAUGUGGGCGGAGCUAAAAUUAGUGCUCCCUAUUGAUGGGUCAAUAAUCUGUGCGAUAGGUAACAUCAGUAUACAGAUAUUCCUGGCACUUUGUGACCAAGCCGUGCUUAUUUGGUGGAAAAGUGCAAUUAAAGUCUAAAUCUCUUUGUCUUCCAUGCAGCGGCUGUUAAAGCCCUCAAGUUUCUAACUGGCUGUUGGAGUGCUUUUGUUUGGUGGACUGGUUCUCAUUAAACACUGCUGUACCUUAACCUUAACUCGUACCAACACCGUGAUCCUAUGUCGUUGUUUUUUUUUUUUUUAUACGGGGUAGAAUGGUGCCAGUAUUUAGUGAAGAAGAAGAGAAGACGUGUGCAGAAGGUACACCCGAUAAAUUGUCAGCUUGGUCUUAAUUUUAAUAUGUCUGCUGUGCAUUUUUUUCAUAAAGUUGUAUUUAUUUAUUCCUGACAUUGUUUCGGCAAAACAAAAAGCAAAGUUCUGUCCAUAACAUUUUAUCUGUUGCCUGUCAUCGCAACCCCAGCAAUUACCGCAGUUCCGAAUUUUACAGAAAAACAAAAUAAAACAAAAUAAUUGCACUACUCAAAAUGCCAUUUAAAGAGAUGGCACUUGACAAUCAAGUGUAGCUACCGGUGUGUAUGAGAUUGAUGUAUACAAGUUUUUUUGUUUUGUUUGUUUUUUUCUUUUGAAUUUCAUUACUCUACAUAAUAUAACAAAGUCUUUUGUCUCAGCAUGAUAAAUAAUUAUGCAGGGUGGUUUGAAAGGAUUUGCUGUAUGUAAGAGCACCAUAGCUUUAUUUUGUACUGAUGUAGAUCAGAGUUUAUUUAUUCUGUAUAUAUUUGUACAUAACGGAACGUUUCUAUGUAUGUGUGCCUUUCGAUGUUGUAAUGAUUGAUGUAAAUAAAAGUUACAGUAAAGUGUACAGUCAAAAUUAGCAUCGACACCAUGCUAGCACUUGGGUUUCUUUUUUUUUCGAUAACUUUGACAUUACAGUAUAUGCAUUUACAAGAGAUACGUUACUGUGUUGAAAUAUAGAAUAAUCUAUUUUCUCACCAAGCUCACUACAAGACUAUUUGAUGGAAAUUCAAUAAAGCAUGUGACAUAUA